GUUAUGGGCAGCAACCAUCCCAGGUCUGAGCUUCACCCGGAGGCCAAGAGGCGCAGAGCAGCGGGAUGCGGUGGAGGGGCAGGUUUUUUUUUUUUUUUUUUUUCACAUCGUCUCCAGGAUGAUGAAAGAACUGAAAGCAAAACCUUCUUCCGGCCAGACUUGUGGCCUGUGCUCCGCUAGAUUUGGGCCCUGCAGGCAGCGGAAGGCGCGUCUCUUCUCCGCCAUGGCAUCAGUUUUGAAAGGCAAGGACUCCAAAGCUUCUGAAAGAAUGGUUGAAGUUGCUGGUCAUCCGGUUGGCCUUUUUAAUGAUCAAUUACUGACCACAGUAGUGAAGACUCACUUUCAAGAUAUUAAGAAUAAAGGCGGAGUUGUUGAACAUGUGAUAUAUCCAACAAGAACCAGGGGCAGGGGAGUUGCAAAUGUGACAUUCAAAGAGAAAAAAGGUGCAAAGAAUGUCAGCAGAAAACAGAAACGCUGUCAGGCAGAAAAGGUUGGACCUGCUCAAUUCACAGUCUCUCAUUUUGGUGAAAAGGUCUUCAGCUCUGUAAAAGCUAUCCUCGAUCUUUCUGUUUUUCGGAGUCAAGUCAUUCUAGAAAGUCUGGUAACGGACCUGACAAGGAAAAUCCCAACUUUAUCCUUCAGUCCUCUGGAACCCAAUGGAAGAGUCUCUGUGCAAGGGUCAUUUCUGGAUAUCCUGAGACUUAAAGAAAUUUUGCUAUUAAAAGCAAGUUCUCUUUUAGAAAAAAAUAGGAAUUUUAUCAGUGAAGAGAAGUGGAACAGCCAGGGCCCCAAAAGGGAUCUCCAGAGAGGCAGUAACUCCUCAGAGUCACCCGGGUCCUCAGUACCUGAGACCACUAGGAGCGGAGAAACACUUGUUCUCGAUACAGAUGUAUUCCUUUAUCUGAAAAAGAGCAGAUUUUAUGAAAGCACAUUGAAAAAAUGUCAUGUUUUCUGUCAGGAGAGAGUGGAUGGUGAAAUCACCACAAUCUGUAUACGAAAUGCUCAACAAUGUUCUCACCCAAACAAUGCAAAGCUUGUGAAAGCACUUAUUGAGGAAUAUUCACUUGCUCUUCACUUUGAGCUUAAAAAAGAGACACUUCUUUUGAAAGGAAAGGAGAAUAGAGAUAAAAGAAGGAUUAAGUCGGCCUGUGAACAAGUAAGUUUGAGGUACCCUAAGGUUCUGAUUAAUUUUUACGAGACGCACAUUGAUAUUAUAGGAUCUUCUUCUGACACAUACUUGCUUAAAAAAGAGAUCAUGAAAUUAAUAAGGCUAAAAAGUUAGGUAAUAAAAUCUCAGCAAUAGUGAUAGUGGCAGUCACUCUCCCUUACUGAGCAGAGGCGAUGCUGUGUAUGAUGCUAGCUUUACACACAUUAGUCAUUUAAUCCUUACAACCAUCUUUCAUUGUAGGCAUUGCUAUCCUCGUGUUCUAGGGGAAGAACCUAGGAUUUGGAGAAGUUAAAACAUUUGUCCGGAGUUAUCGAGCAGGCAAAGAAUGGGGUUAAACUUGGCCUAUCUGACUACAAAGAUAAUAUCUAAGUCUUAAAACUUUGAAAAAAAAAUCUCAUUAAACUUUGAAGAAAUCUCACUUUCCCUGCAACCCCAAAUUCUUGGAAUGUAUCUUGCUCAUCUCAAAGUAAACAAAUGUGAUUGUGAUGAUGUGAACUGUUUAGAUCAAAAGAAAAUCACAAGACAAAUCUCUCUCUAUGUUUUCAUUUUUCUUAGCCAUCUAAAUCCCAAGUAUUGGGGCGCCUGGGUGGCGCAGUUGGUUAAGCGUCCGA